AUGUCGUCAAUUACUCGUCAAUUGCGCCCGAGGGUGCUCGUCCGCGCCACCUUCAAGGCCGUACCGUCCAUCUGCGCGCAACCGCAACGGUUCCCUCGCGCAGCGGCAGUGGCAAGCUAUCGCAGCAUUACUACUUCGCAAAUUCUCAGAUCUCAAAAGGCACCCGUUGUCAAGAGAGGCGGCUCGAAGCUGUACAAGACUGCGGAUGAGGCUGUCGCGGAUGUGAAGAGCGGAUCGACGAUCCUGAGUUCAGGAUUCGGUCUCUGCGGUGUUGCAGAUACCCUUAUUGGUGCUCUUGAGCGUAGAGGACCCGAGAGCCUUCACUCGCUCACAGCGGUGUCGAACAAUGCCGGCAUUGAAGGAAAGGGUGGCCUGGCGAUUCUCACCAAGUCAGGCCAGGUUAACAACCUCAUUCUUUCGUAUCUCGGAGCGAACAAGGCUCUCGAGAAGAAGUACCUGACGGGAGAGAUUGGCAUUGAGCUGUGCCCUCAAGGCACGCUGGCGGAGAGAAUCCGCGCUGGUGGCGCUGGUAUCCCCGCGUUCUUCACACCCACCGGAGCUCACUCAUUGGUUCAAACCGGUGAUAUCCCCGUCCGGCUCGAUGCGUCGGGUGCGGUCAAGGAGCGCGGCCGCACGAGGGAGACGAGAGAGUUCAAUGGCAAGACCUUCCUCAUGGAGACGGCUCUCACUGGAGAUGUCGCGAUUCUGAGGGCGUGGAAGGUUGACACUGCCGGAAACUGUGUCUUCAGAUACACUACCAAGGCAUUCGGCCCCAUUAUGGCCAAGGCGGCGACGCUCACCAUCGUCGAGGCCGAGAACAUUGUCGAGGCCGGCGAAAUCGACCCCAACGACGUCGAUCUCCCCGGCAUCUUUGUCGACCGAAUCGUCCCCGCGACCGCCGAGAAGAACAUUGAGAUACUCAAGACGAGGUCGGAGGAGGCUGACGGCGAGGACUUGUCCAAGCCCAAGAACGCGGCGCAGGAGCGACGCAACCGCAUCGCCAGACGCGCGGCCAAGGAGUUGCACGAGGGCUUUUACGUCAACCUCGGUGUCGGUAAGUUGAUGUCACGCCUUUGUUUGUUUGAACACCACUAA